AGUGGACUAAGGCAGUUGUGCCCUGGCUGCUGCCGUUGGCUCAUUAACCUAGGAUGACGAAUCACAUUGAAGUUCCCAUUUCUGAUGGACACCAUAUAAGUCUGGAACAGUUUCCGAAACCAUGCUGGACAAAACACUGUAGCUGGCUCAGGCGUAAUCUUCUAUUAAUUUUAACAAUAUGUGGUGUGAUCUUUGGUUCUCUCUUUGGCUGUCUCCUUCGAUUGCUUCCUCCUCUAGAUGGAAAUAUUAUCAUCCUAAUCUCCUUUCCAGGGGAUAUUCUCAUGCGGAUGUUGAAGAUGUUAAUUUUACCGCUAAUUAUCUCCAGCUUGAUUUCUGGUUUGGCUGGCCUUGAUGCAAAGUCUAGUGGAAGGAUGGGCACACGUGCAAUGGUUUAUUAUAUGUCCACUACCAUCUUAGCAGCUUUACUUGGAGUCAUUCUCGUUCUAUCCAUUCACCCUGGCAAUCCUAAACUGAAGAAGCAAGUCAGCAUAUCAACCAAAAAUGAAGAAGUAUCCAGUAUUGAUGCAUUUCUGGACCUCAUCCGUAACCUCUUUCCUGAGAACUUAGUUCAAGCCUGUUUUCAACAGAUACAAACGGUUUCAAAAAAAGUCCCAGCACCCCCUUCACCACUGGAUCUAAUCAGACCUAUUAAUAUUACCGGACUAACGGUUAAUGGAUCUCAAUCAAAUUCUUCUAUAGCUGAAACUUCUGGACCUGUCAUGGUAACCCAAAAGAAGCUAGAGUUUAAAGGAGGGAUGAAUGUUCUUGGCCUCAUUGGCUUCUUUAUAGCAUUUGGUAUUUCCAUGGGAAAGAUGGGAGACCAGGCUAAGUUAAUGGCUGAUUUCUUUAAUAUACUCAACGAAAUCAUUAUGAGGCUUGUCAGCAUGAUUAUGUGGUACUCACCACUUGGAAUUGCGUCUCUUAUCUGUGGGAAGAUUGCUGCCAUCAAAGACCUAGAAACUGUGGCUCGGCAGCUUGGAAUGUACAUGGUUACAGUAAUUGUGGGCCUAGUAAUUCAUGGAGGCAUGAUUCUACCACUCAUAUUUUUCUCAAUUACCAGGAAAAACCCAUUUAAAUUCUAUGGCGGUAUAUUUCAGGCCUGGAUCACUGCCCUUGGCACAGCCUCUAGUGCUGGCACACUUCCUGUCACUUUCCGUUGCUUGGAAGAGAACCUCAAGAUCGACAAGAGGGUAACACGGUUUGUUCUGCCCAUUGGAGCCACUAUUAACAUGGAUGGCACGGCACUAUAUGAAGCAGUAGCAGCAAUCUUUAUAGCGCAGAUGAAUGAUAUAACUUUGGACGCUGGUCAAAUAGCAACAGUGAGCCUUACAGCAACAUUAGCCAGUGUGGGGGCAGCUAGCAUCCCCAGUGCUGGCCUUGUCACCAUGCUUCUCAUCUUAACAGCUGUAGGACUGCCAACUCAGGACAUCAGCUUGCUGAUUGCAGUGGACUGGUUAUUAGACCGCAUGAGAACCUCGAUUAAUGUAGUUGGUGACUCAUUUGGAGCUGGAAUCAUCUACCAUCUUUCCAAAGCAGAACUUGCUGCAAUUGAUGCAAAACAUGAUGCAAAGGAUGGGACAGACAUGGUCCGACUGCACAUGAUGAACCAUGAAAGUAUAAAGAGGCCAGCUAGUGAGGGUGUCAAUAAUCCACCAUAUUCUGGUUAUGCUUCACUACCUACUGAUGAGUACGAGGUUCAAGUAGAGUCUUCUUUGCAUCUCUAGUUUCCAUCCAUGCCGCACAUGCUAUUCCUUCAGAUAUGUUCUUCAUUAUUUACCAGCGCCAGCCUCAGGUUACCCUGAUUUCCUUAUUAAUAAUAGUACUACUAACCAGUAAGAUAAUAGGUAUGGAAGAUAGUGAUGGAUGAACAUCAGCCAGGACGAUUCUCGAACAGCUU